CAACGAGUCAGAUUCUGCAACUCUCACAACCUCGACGUUCUCGCGCUCUCGACUCGACAAGAGCGCAUGCUUGUGCGGACAGCCAGAUCAGCCGUUUGCCUUCGCUCCAUCCCCAAAGUCACCCAACCCCUCUACCACAACCUCCACACUACAACAUUGCGACCCAAUAUGGCGGACGUUGACGCGCGCAUCAAGGCGCUCCAAGAUAAGAUCAAGCAGCUCAAGGUAGCCAAGCAGGAUGCAUCCAAGGAGGUUGAGGAGAUGAAGACUCUCAAGGCGCAGCAGUCCAAGGAGAAAAAGGACGGCUCGGGAUUCCAGCUCAAGGUGCCCAAGGGCACCAUCGACCACAAGCCGGCGGCGGCGCUUCUGCGUAAGAAGAUCUUUGCUACCCUCGAGCGCAUCUUCGCCAAGCACGGCGGCGAGACGAUCGACACGCCUGUCUUUGAGCUCAAGGACAUCCUCGCCGGCAAGUACGGCGAGGACUCGAAGCUCAUCUACGACCUGCAAGACCAGGGCGGCGAGCUGUGCUCACUCCGCUACGACCUCACGGUCCCUUUCGCGCGUUACGUCGCGAUGAACGGUCUCACCAACAUGAAACGCUACCACAUCGCCAAGGUGUACCGCCGCGACCAGCCCGUCAUGUCGAAGGGUCGCAUGCGCGAGUUCUACCAGUGCGACUUUGACAUUGCCGGCACGUACGACCCGAUGGUUCCAGAUGCCGAGAUCCUGUACAUUCUGUGUGAAGCUCUGAACGCGCUCGAGAUCGGCGAGUACACCAUCAAGCUCAACCACCGCAAGAUCCUGGACGGUAUCUUCGAGCUCGCGGGCGUCCCCGAGGAGAAGACACGCAUGAUCUCGUCUGCCGUCGACAAGCUCGACAAGCUUCCGUGGGCUGAUGUGAAGAAGGAGAUGACUGUCGAGAAAGGCCUGGACGAGGCUGUCGCCGACCGUAUCGGCCAGUAUGUUGGUCUGAAGGGCCAGGGCCGUGAGGUGCUCAACAAGCUACAGGCAGACGAGGCGCUUAACGGCGUCAAGUCAGCCAAGGAGGGUCUGGCAGACAUGGCGGUCCUCUUCGACUACCUUGACUGCUUCGGCAUCACCGACAAGAUGUCGUUCGACAUGUCGCUGGCGCGCGGCCUCGACUACUACACUGGCAUCAUCUACGAGGCCAUCACUGAGCUCUCGGCCCCUCCCCUGGCGGACGCCGCGGCACCGGCAGUGGUGGACAAGAAGGACAAGAAGGGCAAGAAGGCGGCGACUGUCAACGAGGAUGGUGUCGACGAGAGCGCGGUUGGUGUCGGCUCGAUCGCGGCUGGUGGGCGAUACGACAACCUCGUCAACAUGUUUGCCGAAGCGGCGGGAUCUAAGCGCGAGAAGGUGCCAUGCGUGGGCGUGUCGAUUGGCGUCGAGCGCGUGUACGCCAUUCUCGAGGCGCGUCGCCGCGCUCAGGAGUCCAAGCCCCGGUCUAAGGAGACGGACGUGUACAUCAUGGCGCUCGGCGGGGGGUUGCUGCAGGAGCGCAUGAAGUUUGCGAAGAAGCUCUGGGACGCAGGUAUUCGGGCCGAGUUCAUGUACAAGGCCAAGCCGAAGGCGCCGGCACAGUGGUCUCAGGCCGACACGGACCAAGUGCGCUACGUUGCGAUUCUCGCGCCUGCCGAGCUCGAGAAGGGUAUCGUGCGCAUCAAGGAACAGGGCGUUGAGCGCGCCGCGGGUGCCGACAACGGCGAGGAGGUCUCCAUGGACAAGGUUGUCGAGUACCUCCGCGAGCGUCUGUAGCGCGGCGCUGGGGUCUGUAGGCGAUGCAUGAUCUAAUACAGCUGGAGAGAGGGCUGAGCCUGGACUUAGUCGAGCACUGUCGAGUUACAACCCCCGGCUCAGCAGCUCGCCGUACUUGGCAAUGUCAACGUUGCCG